CAAUCCAACGGGAUCGUUUCGCCUCGAUGUUCGCCGCGGGCCCGCGAACAUGGGCAUUCGGCCUCGCGAAUGUGGCCAAUGUGAAGGCCUCGCGCGGGGCGAGCUGCGCGGCUCGUGGCGCUUGGGGCGCCCUGCGGCCCGCGGCGCCCUGUGCAGUGCUCUUGGCAUGUCGACCGAAGGCGCGGCGAGCCGCCAGCGCCGCAAGCGACCCAAGACCCGGAAGGGCGCUGAGUGACUUUCAGGUAGGGCAGCAGGUCUCCGGCUCGGUGGUGCAGAUCUACUGCCCCAAGGGCGUCUCGGUGGACGUGGGCUGCAGAGACACCUUGGCCUUCCUGGAGGUGGAGGAGUUUUGCGACGGCUUCCCUCGAGAGGGGCCUUUCGCCUACUCCCCCGGGGACCAGAUGAAUGCGCGGGUGCUGGAGGUGGAUCCGGAUGCAAGCAUCGACGAGCACGGCGAGCCGGAUCCAUUCGGCGAGCACGGCGACAGCGGCAAGCUGCGCCUGACGCUGCGGUCCGGGCCGUUGGCGCGCCCGGGGCGCUACGUGGCGGACACCGCGAGGCCUGCCAAUCUUGAGCCCUUCAAGAGCAUUCCGCAUGAGGAGUGGAUGGAGGGUGAGGUGGUGAUGAUGUCAAGCUGGGCCGCCUACGUCAAGGUCCAGGCCGCAUGCGGCACUUGUUUCGUGGGCAUCCUCGGCGAGGAAGACUUCCAGGGCAGCUUUACUGAGGACGCAAUACGCGGCCUGUCCGUGCUGGUCAGGAUCAAGCAGGUGGAUAGCGAGAGCCGUCGCCUUUUGCUGACCAUGCAGCCCGACGAAAAGGGCGAGACAUCUCGACAAACUUCAGAGCAGAGUUUCGAGAUCUCGCCGCCCGGAGCUUCUGAAAUCUUGGCUCAGCGGAAUCUCGCCAUGGAGGGCAAGGCAUCGAUGGAGGCGAAGCCGGACCACACGCCGGACGAGUCCAAGAAGAAGCGGCCGAAGCCGGGCGUGCAGCCGUGGCACGUGGGCGCUGCCAGCGCCGGGGUGGUGCUCUUGUGCGCCGGCGCCUGGUGCCUCUGGCGUCAAGCCCAAGAGGAAUCCCGGAUCUUGGCACAGCAUGCCAGCCCGCUGAAGAGCCGCAAUGUCAAGGUCGAUAAGCCCAAGAUGAAGGCUGCGGAAGAGUCCGACUCUUUGGAGGACGUCCUCAGCAAGCUGGAGGGCAGCGACCCCGUUCCUAGGAAAGAGAGGAAAAGCAAAGCCAAGAGAGCGAAGAAGGCUGAGGAGGCGGAAGGGGACGAGGAGAAUGCGAAGGAGCUGAUCCAAGACACUCUCCGCAAGUUGGAGGCGGAAGGAACCGGCAAGAAGGGUAGCAAGACGAAGAAGACAAUCGAGAAGCUCAAGGCUUUGCUCGGCGAGGACGAGGAGCCCGAAGAAGUGACCGAGGAGCAACAGUCCCACAUGGACUUCGCCAAGGCGAUCCAGGAGGAGCAGAAGCGGAAGAUCCACGUGGACAUGAAAACCGUGAGGAGUGAGUUCAAGCGCGACUUCGGCAACGACGCCCGGUCCCUGCUUUGCAGCGGCUGCAAGAUGGUGGCGGGCCGCCUCAGCAGCGAGCUAGACACUCACGACGUGCACGAUCAGGAGAGCCCAGCCCAGAUGCUGGCAGCAAAGCGGAAGGCCAUCGACUCGACCUGCAGCUCCCUGCGGCACCUGCAGGCUGUGAAGUCCGAGGAGGGCGCGCGCUUCGAGGCCAGCGAGGAGGUGGGCGAAGGCGAGCGCGAAGGCAAACGGCUCUGCGCUGGCAUCCUGGAAGAGUCGCGCUUCGAUAUCCUCGCGAGGCUGAUCCAACGAAAGAUCCCGGAGAUGCAGAUGGGUGAGAGGCAUCCAAACUGGGAGCGCUGGCUUUGCGCAGAGCGCAUGCGUCUGUGCAAGAGAAGCGAAGUGAGACAUGACGAGGACGAUGAGAUUGAUCAAGACCUCUGAGCACGGCGUCAGUUGACGCGAUAAAUGCUAUUGAGAGGCGAUCCGGCGCUCCCCUUAAGGUUGACAGUCCAA